CACCAAUGAUGACACCACCACCAAUACACUGAACAACGCCACAACAGCGGGCAAGGAGCGAGACGACACACACACACACGACACAAGCAUCGUCAUCAACCACAAUCACCACCCCAUCCCCAUCACCGCCAACGACAACAAUGAGCGCACAGGAAGAAGACCCAAACAAGGGAGAGGACCGGGCGCUCCCAAUCAAAGUGCUUUUGCUCGGCGAGCCAGCUUGUGGAAAGACGGCGCUGAUGAAGGCGUUUGUGCACGGCCGCCAUGUUGUGGACACGUACCGUCCAACACCUGGGCUGGACUUUGCCUCAAAGACCGUGUUUCUCCCCGACGCACAGGUGUACAUGCACGUGUGGGACUUUGCGGGUGCGAGGCAAUUCCAAAGCCUGUUGAGGCCAUAUGCUCGAACCUGCUUCGCAGUGCUUCUCGUCUACGAUGUCACAGAUGAAGCGUCAUUCGAUGCGCUCGACCACUGGGCAGCGCUGGCACAGGAAGACCCAGGCACGCGGCCCCAGCUUGCGCUAGUGGGCAUGAAGAGCGACCUCGCAGACAAGCGCCAAGUGACGCGGGAGGCAGCAAAGCUGAAGGCCCUGUGUUUGGGUGCAGAGCUCUUUGAGGUGAGCGUCCACAAUCCAAACAAGGUUCGCCUGCCUUUCCACCACCUGGCACACGCUGCUUGUCAACAGCAGUUGGAAACCGAGCCAACAGCCACCGGCCAUCAAGACGACGCUCACGCAGCCGCUCGUCCUGGAAGCACAAGCGAAGAGGAUGAAGGUGCUGUUGGUUGGAUUUCCUGGUUGUACACCGGUGUGGUUGGCAGCAUCAAGGCUGUCGCUGUCACCAUGUCAAACUGCGUGUCUCCUUGGGUCUGUUCGGCGCCACAAUCCCACGACGACAGUGCAGAUGACAGUCCUUAUCAGCACCACAAUAAGAGGGAGACAACUCGGGCCAACGACGGCAGCAGCAGUCGCAGCAGCAGCCGCAACCGCAGCACAGAGCAUACACGACGUCAACACCUGCAGCCUGCUGCGAUGGAGUUGAAGGCUGUGACUAGCUAAUGAGUGUAUGGCAGAGGGAUUAGUGGGCUUUGGCUUGUUCGUAGGAGGACGUUGUUGGCGCGCUGUACAAAGACCACCACCCAUGCCAGCUGCAUUCUGUCUUGGUGUGACUAUCAUGCUGCUCAAGUGGAGGAAUGCAAUGAACGAAACUGUGUACUCAUCAUCCUCAAUGACCAACAAACAGCGCACAAGCAAGCAAACGAGCAAACAAUUUGCAAUGGGAACAACAUGCACGAG